CUGUAUGGCCAGUAGCAGCUUUCCCCCCCAACUGUAUGUAGUUUAUUCAAAGACGCUUCAUCAGAGAAGAAACGUCAAAAUGAAGGCAGUGGGGAAGGAGAAGGAAGGUCCUGCAAAGUCUGAUGGCAAGAAACAGAAGGAUCAGAGCUGGAUUCCCAAACUCAUCAAGAAGCGAGUGUGCACUACUUUUAUUGAAGAAUCCCUCAGUAAUCGAGAGCGGUGUCUUUGUGGCGGUGCACGGGAUGUGCAUACUUCCUUUGGACCAGAGGACCCCGAGGCAGCGGGGGCCAACCAGUGGAACAGCAAAGAGCACACUACUGAAAGUCCUACCGACGCCUUUGGAGAGCUGGAGUUUGCUGGAGCUGGGCGCAUGCACAGUCAUUUUCUGCGGCUAUCAUGUGACACGCCGCCUCAUAAAAUCUACGCACUGAUGACGGCGCACUGGGGAUUGCCCUCACCCAAUUUGGUGGUGUCUGUGGUGGGGGGCGAAGGCCAUGAGAAUAUCAAAACAUGGGUGAGAGAUGUCCUGAGGAACGGGCUGGUUCGAGCUGCACAGAGCACAGGAGCUUGGAUCUUUACGGGGGGUCUACGGGAAGGUGUGGCCCGCUGUGUAGGCGAGGCGGUGAGGGACCACGAUGCUGCAGCUCCGACACUCUCCAAGAAAAAAGUCAUAGCUGUGGGACUCGCACCUUGGGGCCUUGUAUUCAACAGACAACAGCUUGUAAACACACAGGGAAGCUUCCCCGCUCGCUACUACGUCCAAAACACGUCACGUGACUCCUGCUGCCUGGACAACAACUGCCAGGCUUUCCUCCUGGUGGAUAAUGGAAGUAGCGGCCGAAGAGGAGGAGAGACGGCCUUUCGUGCAAGUCUUGAAGAUUAUAUCUCUCACCAGCGCACUGGCAUUAGCGGGAGUGGCAGUAUUGAAAUCCCAGUGCUGUGUAUGCUCAUCUCAGGAGACGCCAGCAUGCUGAACAGAGUACAUGCUUCUCUGAAGAGAUCUACGCCCUGGCUGGUUCUGGCUGGUACUGGUCCAGCUGCAGACCUUAUCAGUGAACUUCUAGUGACUCUUCCCAGCAUUUCCAUCGAAUCUGCAACAAUGGACAGAGAGACUGUGGAAGUUCUCUGCAUGGACAUCCGUGACAGGGUCUGCGACAAGAUCAGGAAACAUUUCCCAGAUGAAUAUGAACCGGAGAAACUGGUGGACAGUGCUCUGGGUAUUCUUUAUAACAGAGAACUCAUCACUGUGUUCUACUCCGCACAAGAGGGACUUGAUGACUUUGAUACCGUGCUCCUCAAAGCCCUUGUUAGAGCUAGUAAACGUUUGUCCCGUGACGCCAGUGAGUACAGGGAAGAGUUGAAACUGGCUGUGGCCUGGAACCGAGUGGACAUCGCCAAAACAGAACUCUUCACAGGAAACAUACAAUGGGAGUUUGAAGACCUGGAAGGUUCAAUGACAGACGCUCUCAUCAACGACAAGCCUCAGUUUGUGCGGCUCUUCUGUGAAAAUGGUCUCAACAUCCUGGACUAUCUGACAUACCAACGCUUGGAGAAUCUGUAUCGGUCCAUCUCGGACAGCUCUGUGGCCUACCUUCUGCUCCAGAGGCGUCUGCGUGACCGACUGAAUCUGGCUGGACCUCGACCCGGUCUGAACGGAGCCAUAGCGGUACCACGAUAUAGCACACAGAGUGAAACAGCUGGACCUGCUUCACCGAAUGAACUCAGCCUGUUUGAGGUAUCACGUGUUCUGUGGGACCUGCUCGGAGAUGUCUGUCAGCCAUUCUACUAUGGACCCCUUGGUCUGGACCCCGAAAUUGGCUCUCGGACUGCGCUCAGACAAGUCGACAAGAUGUUGCAUGGGAGUUGUACAUACCGGGAACAAAACUGCCUCUCUCCCUGGGCGGCGCUCUUCAUCUGGGCUGUCUUGCAGAACCGCAGUGAGAUGGCUGUUUACUUCUGGGAGAUGGCAGGCGAGUCGGUGUUGAGUGCCCUGGGUGGAUGUAAGCUGCUGAGGGAACUUUCUAAACUGGAGAGUGAGACUGACAACAAGAUGGCCAUGAAAGAACUGGCACAGAAGUUUGAGGAUCUUGCGCACGAUGUAUUUGGAGAAUGUUACCAGAGCAGUGAGCGUCGCUCCUUCACCCUCCUGAUAAGAAAGUCUCCAGUGUGGGCUGGAGCAACAUGUCUGCAGAUGGCAACUGCGGCUGAUGCUCGCCAGUUCUUCAGCCAUGAUGGCGUUCAGUCAUUGCUGUCCCACAUCUGGUGGGGCAGCAUGGACAGAAGUACUGAGGUUUGGAAGCUGUUGAUCUCCUUCUUCAUGCCCCCUCUCAUCUACACCGACUUAAUCAGCUUCAGGAAGCACGAAGAAGAGGUGAAUCCAGUGGAGGUCCAUCACAAAGACGAUGACAUUCUGGAGGGGAAUGAUACCUCUGCCUUCCCCCUUGCUGACAUUAUACACAAUGAUGAGGAUGCUGAGGAGUACAGGGCUCUAAAAGAAAACCUGAAAGCCUCUUUACCAUCCGGAAUCAGGAAACAGUUCAUUGUGACACGGUGGAGGCAGUUUUGGUUCGCCCCUGUCACCUCCUUCCUGGGCAACGUGCUGAUGUACUUCCUGUUUCUGUGCCUCUUUGCCUACAUCCUGUUGAUGGAUUUCAAGCCCCCGCCUCCCAGAGGCCCGUCCUCUCUGGAGUUUGUGCUUUACUUUUGGGUUUUUACAUUACUCUGUGAAGAAAUCAGACAGAUCUUCUUUGUGUUCAGCAACUUUGUGCUCCAGAGGAUGAAGAAUUACAUCCAGGAUAUGUGGAAUCAGUGUGACAUCACAGCCAUCAUAAUCUUCAUUUGUGCUCUCUGCUGCAGAAUGUUCCCAUGGUCGUUCAAGUUUGGCCGAGCGCUGAUGGCCAUCGAUUUUAUGGUCUUCACUCUGCGUCUGAUCCAUAUCUUUGCUGCCCACAAACAGCUCGGGCCCAAGAUUAUCAUUGUCGGCAAAAUGAUGAAAGACAUUUUCUUCUUCCUCUUUUUCUUGGCUGUUUGGGUCGUCGCCUAUGGAGUAGCCAACCAGGCGCUUCUCUACUCAUACGAUCCUCGUCCCAACUGGGUAUUUCGUCGGGUCUUCUACAGACCAUAUCUGUAUAUUUUCGGACUCAUUGACGUCAAUGAAGUGGAUGCUGAUUUGUUUGGAGAAAAGAACUGUACAAACAAUGUGACACUAAUCAAAGCGGGGCGGGAGCCCUGUGUGAACACCGAUGCCAACUGGCUGGUUAUCGUCCUCCUGGUCAUCUAUCUAUUUGUUACCAACAUACUGCUCAUCAAUCUCCUCAUUGCCAUGUUAAGUUACACCUUCACCAUAGUUCAGGAGCGCAGUGACAUCUACUGGAAGUUUCAGCGUUACAACCUGAUCGUGGAAUACCAUUCCAGACCUUGCCUGGCACCGCCAUUCAUCAUCAUUUCACAUCUCAAUCUUUUUAUCAAGCGAUGCAUCCGCCGUAUACCUUCAAAAAAGAAAAAGCACUUUGUUUUGGAGCUGCAGGAUACCGAGGCCAGCCGACUCAACAUGUGGGAGGCGAUCCAAAAAGAAAACCUUCUCUCGGCUGAGAACAAGCGACAGCGGGAGAGUGACACGGAACGCCUUAAACGUACUUCUACCAAGGUGGACAGUGUGCUGAAGCAGAUGACAAAGAACUGUGACCACGAACAGCGUUUGCAACUCCUUGAGACAGAGAUGGAGUACUGCUGCAACGCCCUCUCCUGGAUGAUGGAUGCUAUGUCUCAGAGUAACGUCAUUCAAGCCAGCCGCCCCCCUCCACUCUUAAGAGAUCUGUCUCCAAGCUGAACUUCUUAAAAAGAGACAUGCACGAGUGCACACACACACACACACUGUAUACUCAGGGUCAAAUGAUUAUUAUUUGCCUCCUAAUGUAAACUCUUGCCUGGGUUGAUCAUGUUUACAUUAAACAAUAUUUUCUACAGGGAUAAGGACUAGCUUGCUACAGUGGUGUGGAAAAAUGUUUUCCCCCUUUCUGAUUUUUGUUUGUUACACUUAAAUGUUUUUAAACAACACAACUCAACACAAAAUUCCGAGAUGGAUUUGCUGGUGUGUUUUGGAUCAUUGUCCUGCUGCAGAACCCAAAUUGGUUUCAGCUGGAGGUCACCAACAGAUGGCCGGACAUUUUGGUAGACAGCGGAAUCCAUGGUUCCAUUUAUCACAGCAAAUCUACCAGGUCCUGAAGCAGCAACACCAGUCCAGCACACUACCACCACCAUAUUUUACCUUUUACCUCUUUUUCUGAACUGCAGCAUUACUCGUAAGCCAGAUGUAAUAGGACACACACGUCUCAAAAGUUCAACUUUUGUCUCAUCAGACCACAAGAGUAUUUUCCCCAAAGGUCUUGGGGAUCAUCAAGAUGUUUUCUGGCAAAAUUGAGAUAAGCCUUAAUGUUCUUUUUGUCCAGAAGUGGUUUUGGUCUUGGAACUCUGCCAUGCAGGCCAUUUUUUGCCCAGUGUCUUUCUUAUGGUGGAGUCAUCAACACUGACCUUAACUGAGGCAUGUUAGACCUGCAGUUCUUUGGAUGUUGUUGUGGGGUCUUUUGUGACCUCUUAGACGUCGUUGCUGCGCUCUUGGGGUCACUCUUGGGAAGAUUCACCACUGUUCCAUAUUUUGGCCAUUUAUGGAUAAUGGCUCUCACAAUGGUUUGCUGGAGUCCCAAAGCUUUAGAAAUGGCGUUGUAACCCUUUCUACCUAAUAAAUCUCAAUUAAUCUCAGUGAAGUUAUGUUUUGACAACAGGGCUGAUCACUUUUUCACUCAGGAUCAUAUAGGUUUUGAUUUUUUUUCUCCCUUAAUAAUAAAAAGUUUCAUUGAUGCUAACUAAAAAUGCUAACUAAUAUUUAAAUUGUUUGGUGAUAUACGUAUAACAUUUACUGUAUGUGUGACAAACAUGCAAAAAAAGAAAUCAGGAAGGGGGCAAACACGUUUUCACACCACUGUAUGUUCAUUGUUUUUGGGGUGAUGUUUGGGAUGACCCGCAAAACGCCUAUUGUCAUGUUUUUAUUUGUUGUCAUUUCCUGUUUCCGUCUGCAUUUCCUGUUUGUCUUAGCUUUCCUCCACAGAUGCCCUGGCUGUGUCUCAAAUCAAGUCAGUACACUUCAGUAAGUACACUGUGUACACUGCGUAGCUUCAGGGUACUCAUAGAGCAUUUCAUUGAGUGGUAUUUGCAUACAGUGUAAACACACUUACAGUUUGCAUUCAAAAUGCAAAAAGUAUGCAAAUGAAGACACGGCCCCUGACUUUUGAGACGCUGGUUCGUCUGAAUACAGUUUGGAAUACUGUUUGGAUUUUGCCCUCUCUGGUUGCGACCAUGACCAUUUCAGGGUGUACCCUGCCUCUUGCACGGAGUCAGCUGGGAUAGGCUCCAGCAUACCCCCUAUUUAGGAUAAGCAGUAUAGAACAUGGAUGCUUUUGUGCAGCACUUUGUGAUCCUCUGUACCUUGUCUUGUCUCCUGUUGCAACAUCACCUUUUGCCUUCUUAUUGCUUCUAUUUAUUCUGCUUAUCAUAAAAGACUUAUUUCUGCACAAGCUGCCUCGGUCUCUGCAUGCCGGGGUCCAAAACCAAAUGCCUGUGCUGAUAAUACGUACUGAUGUUCUUGAUGGGAAGAUAGUGUGUUAAAGAUUUUUAAAUAAA